AUGCAUGGAACUCGGACAGUACUCGGGAACAGAAUGGUGCACAUUGCCGCAGGAAUACCUCUUCUUAGCGUCAUUGACGGAACUGAAAUACUGGGUGUUAUUCAGAAAAAUACAACUGACACAUUUUUAUUGACAUCAGAUAGAUCAAUAACUAUAUUUAAGCCUCAAGAUCCAAAGCCUGUUCAGAGCUGGGUCAACAAACCUAGCGCUCAUUUCACAUGCUCUUCUGUCUACUUGCCAGAGAAAGAUGAGUUUCUUGCUGUCGUCAAUAAUAAGCAACUGUACAAGUGGUCAUCCGAGAAUGCCACUCCUUUCAAGGGAAAACCUAAGACACUGAAGAGUUCUGUAUCCAGGGUCUUCAGCAUCGAAGAAGGGGGCGUCCUGCUUCUAAUGAGCAAUGGUUCCGUGAGAUUGUUAGAUGAUGUCUUUGGUGGGAGCAGGGAAGUCGGUGAAGGCUGCGUGGAGAGAGACGAAGAGAUCAGAGAUGCAUGGAUGUGGAGACAAGGAGUCGAUGAGGAUGCAGUACUGUACAUUGUAUGUCUGGCGCAGAAUUCACUGAACAAGAAGCACAAUAUUCUACUCAUACCAGUUCGGCCAGGAGAAAAGCAAGACAAGCCAGCUGAUGAUGUUAUCCGAUUGCAAUUUGAUGGUAUCACCAACGAAGAGUGCCCUCUGGAAUGUGCGACAUUUUUCUCUGAUGAGACAAGCGCUGUACUCUAUACUUUAUGGGAAGGAGGCCGGCUUUGCAGCUCAUCAAUCGCUGCAUCCGAUCUGAGACGAUACAAGGACUCGCAUAUUCUACCAUGUCAUCACAGGUGUACAAUUAAUGGAAGUCCGGGGAAGGUAAGGAUAGCAGCCAUCGAUGACAGGCAUGUAGCAGUAGCUGGGUCGCAGAGCACAACAGUAAAAGAUAAAUUAGAAGCCACUCUGUGUAUAUGGGAGACAGUGUAUGGUACUUUACAGUGUUCGCAUGCGCUAAGCCUAGAGGAGGAGGAUGAUGCCACCCCUUCAUUCCUUGGUGUAGUCAGCGGACAUAUACUCCUAUCAACUAGAAGAUCUGUCACGCUACACAGGUAUGAGUGUUCAGAUGGAACUCUAGCUGCCGCUCUGGGAAGGCUCACCGGUCCUGAUCAGAAGCAAGAUCUACCUGUUUUGGGACUAGAUUGGACUAAAUCACUCGUUGACGAGACACCAGUCAAGAAAUCGAAAGGAAGGAAAUCAACCUCCAUCAACAAAACUGCCUCCAAAUCAAAGGACUCCGAUCAGAAAAUGACUGCAUCACUCACCAGUAUCUUAGAUGAAUCAAAGACUAUGAAUUCAAAAUCUUUCACUAGUUCAGUGGAGGAAUACUUGAAAGCCUGUAGAAACAUCCAACCAGACAGUACUUCCCUGACACUCAUCCUCAAGAAUGCAGUGAAAAGAGUUGAAUCAAAUCCUUCAUUCUGGUGCUCCAAGGCCUUACAUGAUGUUAUUACAACCAAGGCGGUCGCAGCAAGUUCCUGUCCAGAAUUUGUGGCAAUGCUGGCAAGGAAGCAAGAAGUGUCGUUGCUAUUAGACUGUCUCCAGUGCAUGAGGGAUUUGCCUGAGCUCACGCUUGUACAAUGCCUACAGGUCUUUUUAAGUAUUGAUGAAGACAAACUACCUUCUUGCAUUGAAACAACAGAGACGGAUAUGAAGGAUUCAGAUGAACAUGAAGUCAUGCAUCCGGCCAGAAGGACUUGGGUAGAUGAAGUCCUAUCUAAGCCCUUCACAGAUAGCUUUCUUCUUGAUGCUGUGAGGCAUUUACAAUUCAAAGAAGUGAUUUCAUUACUAAGGUAUCUUCACUUCUUGUUGACAACCUCCUUCCCAGAAGGGGAUGACUCCACCUCAUCAGCAGCAAUCUCCAUGGAUAAUGUUGUAGAUUGGAUUGGUACACUCCUGGACGCACACUUUGCUCAGCUGGUUCUCCUUCCAGAAGUCAGGCCUCUUCUCACUAAUCUUAAAGAUGCAGUCAAAGACCAGGUUCAGUUCUCGGCUGAGCUCAACAUUGUCCGCAAUCUCCUACAUCAUACGCAAGGUGCGAGAACUCACAUCAAAACCACUCCAUCGAAUGCAACAAAGUCGUACAGCAUUGAGGUCCUUAAAAUGUAGUCUUAGACUGGUCUCCAGCUACACUUCACUGAUAAUUUGCCAAUUAGUGUACACCUGAUUCACCUACCAUAUUUUCAGUUUUCUGGUUGAUCUGUAGUGUCAUCGCCCCACUCGGAAUGCUGCCACAAAAUGUGUGGAUUAGCCAACCUUUUUUCACUUCACGCUUUUCAUUUCAGGCUAAUAAACAUCUUGGCA